AUGACGGCUUCUAAGUUUAAGAAUCGUUGCCCUGUCUGUCAGAGCAAAUCUUGGCGCCUGCGGAGCCACUUGGAUGACGUUCAUAGCGUCAGGAACGCCCAGGAGCGAAGGAUCCUGUUGGCGUUUGCCAGAGGGCGAGUGAGUGUUCGCGGCAUGAAGUGUCCCAUCAGCGGUUGCACUUACGGCGGGUCUAGGGUGGCGCAGCACCUCCUCGACGCUCACCGUGAUCUGGGAGCCAAGGAGAAGAGGCGCCAUUUGAGAAAGCUGCAGUGGCGCAAAACUCUGAGGCAGGUGAGAGAACUUAGGGCCUCAGGUCCCGACCCGCCGUUAGCCACCAGGUUGGACCUGGACGGUUCAGAGGGCAGCAAAGCCGCCGCCGCCGCCGCCACCGGCUCCCCGCCUCCCCCCCCUGCUUCUUCCCCUCCCUCGCAGGCUGAGCCCUGCCCCAGCCCUCCCCAUUCGACCUCGGCGGACUCCCCUCAGCGACCGGAGACAUCUCUUCCCGGCGGGCUUGGCACCAGUGCCGACGUGCCAGCCGCGGGCCCGGUGGUCGAGCUGGAGAUGACCGGAGUGCCGCAGACCAGGGCCGAACCCCAGGCCCCAUCAUCGAGCACGGUUAGUAAGCUGCUUACAUUUCCUCCAGUCAUCCGUGGCUACCUAGAAGAGUACGACCGGCAUCUGACCGGGGCAGUACGCUCGCGGAAGCAUCUCGAAAAUGUUAAGUCAAAGAUGGGUCGAAUUGUUGCCUUCCUCAGCUACAUGAGCCGUGAUAAGACCGCCCUGGGCUCCUGGCGCUUCUUGGAUGACGCCGGACGCAUAACGGGCUGGCCCGCUGAACUCAGCCGUCAGCAGAAGGCUGUGACUACCGUUAAGGUUUACCUAGUAAACACAACCCAAUUCCACGUAUACUUCAUGGAGACGCCUCCGAGAAGCUCCAGGCUGUCGAAGCGGCAGCUCGUGUCCGUGAUGCGAGCUCUGAGGUCGGCUACGUGCCAAAUCGGAACGAAGGUGGUGCUUCGGCAGAUCAAGGUCAAGUCUGAGAAGCUCCAGCGCUCCGUAACGCCCGACCUUCUCCUGCAGAUGUCUCGAAAAAUCUCAGAGCUGGAUCCCCAAACUCUUGCUGAGCUGCUCGCAAAGGAAGCACGACGUGGGAGCGAGACACCUGCUUUACGGAUUCGUUGCGCUCUACCUUACUUCUCUCUACGGCCAUCGAGCAGGCGUGAUGACCAACCUUACCACCGAAGAGGUCCUGGAGGCCGCGAGGGGCACCAGCUCUUCCUCUCCGGGGGUCGUACUCAAUGUCUUUCUCACCCACGAGGAACUGGGCUGGAUCCAGCGGUGGAUGGAGAUCAGGGCUCUGCUACGCCCGCGGUGCGAUCUGGUAUUUUUCAAUACCAACCACCGGCACGUGAAAAACAUCACCCUGUUCGCGAGGAACGCGUGGGCAGCCAUGCUACUGCCAGGCAGACCCUCCCUUACCGACAUCCGGACCGCCGUCGCGACGAUGUGCAGGAACACCCACUCCAGUGAGGUCCGGACGCAGAUGUCCCGGGUCAUGUGUCACGACACCCGCACGGCCGACCGAUUCUAUGCGAUGCAGCUUGAUGUCAACCAGAUGGCUGAGAUGAGGCGCAGAUUUGCCCAGUGCAUGGGAGAAGAAGCUGCCGAAAGUUCACAAUAAACUUUGAAUAAUGC